CCUGGGCUGCUGCCUACGGGUUGCGGGAGGAGGGAGAGGCGAUUGGGCCGGGCGCAACCUCUUCCCCCGCCCUCCCGGCCCGCUGCGCCCGCCCCCGGGAAUGUCGGGACUCCUCCCAGGCCCCGCACUUGAAAGGCAGGGGCUGGUACAGGCCUGGGCUCAACUCCCGCCCCCAAAGUUCUGGGUCUCUCUCGCGCGGAGCCGACCGCUGGCGCGAUGGUGGCCGUCUGGCUGGUGCACGUCGGGCAGAAGCUGCUGCUCUGGGGCGCGCUCAGCGCCGUCUCCCUGGCGGGCGUCACCCUCAUCCUGAGAUUCUUGCAGAUGAUGGCGAGCUACGCGCAUAAGUGGCUGCAAAUGAGGCCCAUCCCCACCAUUCCGGGCGCCUACCCCUUGGUGGGACACUCCCUGAUCCUGGAAAAAGGAGCUAAAGAGUUUUUCCAGCAGCUGAUGAAUUACACUGAAGAGAACAGACAUGUACCAAUGAUAAUACUCUGGCUUGGCACAGUACCAGUAAUACUCAUGUAUAAAGCCGAAACUAUAGAGGUAAUUUUAACUAGCUCAAAGGUAAUUGACAAGUCUCAUCUGUACAGGUUCCUAGAACCGUGGCUUGGCCUAGGACUUCUUACAAGUACUGGAAACAAAUGGCGCUCCAGGAGAAAAAUGUUAACACCCAGUUUCCAUUUUACCAUUCUGGAAGACUUCUUAGAUGUCAUGAAUGAACAAGCCAACAUAUUGGUUAAUAAGCUUGAAAAACAUGUUGACAGAGAAAAAUUUAACUGCUUUUCUUACAUCACUCUUUGUGCCUUAGAUAUAAUCUGUGAAACAGCUAUGGGCAAGAAUAUUGAUGCUCAGACUAAUGAUGAUUCUGAGUAUGUCCGUGCAGUUUAUAGGAUGAGUGAUUUGCUACAUCGAAGAAUGAGGACGUUUUGGCUCUGGCAUGACGUUUUGUACCUUUUGUUUAAAGAUGGAAGGGACCACAGAAGGAAACUAAAGAUCUUACAUAAUUUUACCACCAAUGUCAUCAAUGAACGGGCCAAUGAAGUAAAGAGAGAUGAAGAACGUAAAAGUGAUGACAAGGUCACAACCCUCUCCAACAGAAAACGCAAGGCUUUUCUUGACCUGCUUUUAAAUGUGAUGGAUGAUGAAGGGAACAAGCUAAGCCAUGAGGCAAUUCGAGAAGAAGUGGACACUUUCAUGUUUGAGGGCCAUGAUACAACUGCAGCUGGAAUGAACUGGGCAUUGUACCUUCUGGGUUGCUAUCCAGAAGUCCAGAAAAAAUUGGACAAUGAACUGGAUGAAGUGUUUGGGAAUUCUGAUCGCCCUGUUACCUUAGAAGACCUGAAGAAACUUAAAUAUCUGGAGUGUGUUAUUAAGGAGACCCUUCGUAUUUUUCCUUCUGUGCCUUUAAUUGCCCGUGAUCUUAAUGAAGAUUGUGAUGUUGGGGGAUACAACGUCGUGAAAGGCUCUCAAAUACUCAUCAUUCCCUACGCACUGCAUAGAGACCCACGGUACUUCCCAGAGCCUGAGGAGUUCAAGCCAGAGCGGUUCUUUCCCGAGAAUUCGAUGGGACGCCAUCCAUACACAUAUGUGCCCUUCUCUGCAGGACCCAGAAACUGUAUAGGUCAAAGGUUUGCCAUGAUGGAAGAAAAGGUUGUUCUCUCAUCCAUCCUGAGGCAUUUUUGGGUAGAAUCCACCCAGAAAAGAGAAGAACUUGGUGUGGCAGGAGAGCUGAUUCUUCGUCCUACUAAUGGCAUCUGGAUCAAGUUGAAGAGGAGAAAAGCAAAUGCAUCCUAACUCUGUUAUUGGGCUGUGCCUUAGUAGGAAUAAGAUCUUUCUUUAAGAGAAACUUUGCAUUUACAAUGUGUGAAUCAUGAGUUAAAUACUCUUAAUCCCUACACCUAAUUUUUUUCUUAUCACCACUUAGCUUGGAGUCAAGUCUUCCAAAGAGAGGAUUUUUAUAUUUUCAUUACCAUCAUUAUCUUAUCCUUGUUCUUGAUCCCAAAAGGCGAGUUAACUAAUGUCCAUACCCAAAUAAACAUAUACAUUUCUCAACAGAGGGAUCCAGAGGCCAAUUCAAUUUCAAUUGACAGACCCAAAGGAUAUAAGUUAAUUGAAGUUCCAGAAUUUUUUAAGAUAUUCUUGUUGAACACAAAUAUACAUAUAUACAUAUACAUUUAAUUUGAAAAGGUUAAUAAAAUACUUAGGCUGGGGCAUAGGUUUUAAAAAUUAUAUCAGUGGCAUCAGUUAUGAGAAUAAUUAUGAUAAUGAUACUUUUCAGGUUUUAUUAAGGAGAGCAGAUCAUUUAUAAGUUGACUCAUAGGUUCUGUUCCUAUUUCUCUUUUAACUUUGUACUUAUGGCCUUCAUUUCACUUCAUUCUACAUAACAUCAAAAUUACCUUCACAUAUCAAAUAUUACCGGGAGAGAUUCCUCUUGGUGAUCUCCAGUCCCUCAUAAUGGCAUUUGGAACUGGAAGCACCUUAGACCUUAUCAGGUUAUAUCCCUUUUCAUUCCAAGGGGAUAAGAUCAAUCAGAGGUAAGUUUCUAUCCAAAGUCAUACCACUAGGGGGUGACAGAGCUGGAAAUAGAUGUCUAAACUCUAAAUCUCUACUACAAUAUGCUAUUGCUUUAUGAAACUCAGAUCUAGAGCUGGGUGUAUCAUUAGAACACAGAUCUUCUAGAAUUCUCCCCUCAUUAAGGAGAAGAGAAGCCGCACAUGUAUAGUAAUCCAGCACUUAGUUUAGGGUUAACCUACUGGGAAAUUCAAUCCUCCAGAACAUAUCUGUCAAGCUAACAACUGACACUAAUUCCCUGAAUUUGAAUUCCAUUGACAAUUGUUCUACUCCCUCACUCAGUGACUUAAAAAAACUUAUUUUAAUAAAUAAUUUUAAUGAGA